CCCGCCGGUGUCAGUCAACCUGCUUCCUACUUUACGGUGCCGUUUGUUGUUGAAGUGGAGCUCCUUUAAAUGUGCGGAGAAAUGUUGACGGUCGGAUCCGAUGAAGUCGGUAAAUGGUGGUUUAAUUCCUCUGUGAACCAGCCACAUAUAAUGACACUUUAAAGAUGUCAGGAGCUCAUGAGCAAAAUAGGAAGCGCCGCCCCCCGAAAAUGUUUUUGAUCUCGACCGACCUGAAGAUCCAGGACCAGCUGGAAGGUACCAUUCGACUGCAGCGGGGGUACAUCUGCCAGGAGCAGGAUUUGGGCAAGAACAGAGGGGACUGCCCAUGGGUCAAGGUGUUAGACAAUGGCGUCAUGGUAAAAAUAGAGAGGAAGUUCCUGCUGGAAGUCCCGAGUGACCUUAACGGCCUGUUGGAGCCUGUGUCGGAACCGGAGGCUCGCCUAAAGCUUCUAACCAAUCCCAGGAAGUUGCAGCAGCUGGCCACUUUGCCUGUUGAUACCCCGCUCUGGGUCCAAAUAGGCCAGCAGGACGAGCUGGCAGAGGCAGAGCUUAAAUACAUCGGGCCACUGACCAGAGGGGGCAGCGCUGUGUAUUUUGGGGUACAACUCAAGGGUUCAGCGGCGGGUAAAGGAAUGAGCAACGGCUCCUAUAAGGGCCACCGGCUCUUCACCUGCCCCGAGGCCUGCGCCCUCUUCCUGCCGGCCAGUGACAUCAGGAUCCGUCACUGGUCUAGCAGGAAUGGCUCUGAUGCACACACGCGAGAGCGAGAACACCACCACCACCACCAGCAGCACCGCAGCAGCAGCAGUAAUCACCCCAGCAACGGGCACCAUAGCAACAACAUCCGCCCGAAUUAUUAUCUUCAGCAGCAGCAGCAGCAGCAACAGCAGCAGCAGCAGCAGCAACAACAACAGAAUCAGAGUCGUCACAUUAGUUUCCAGCAGAAUUGUCCCAGCAGUCCUCCUCAGCUGCAAGCUCUUGGCAUCCUCCCCCGAACAGCGGAGUCGGCGCCCAUCGCUGCUCAAAACCAGAUCCCGGUCCGAGGCGCCGUGUCGCCUCCGCUGUUCCAUGUUGGCCAGCGGGUGUGUUUCCCCCUGGAGGACACUGUGUAUGGCGGUGAGGUGCGCUACUGUGGUCUCCUGCCUGGCCGGUCAUCAUCAGGGAUGUACGUCGGCGUUCUGUUGGACGCUCCCGUUGGGAACUGGGAUGGGCAUUACAGGGGAGAGAAGCUCUGCCACAUUCCUUCCCCCCUCUAUGGACUACUACUGCCAAUCACCAAGGUUUCCUCAGAGCCAAAAUCCUACCGUCACAGUCCUCCUCACCAAAUGCCCAAAUCCAUUCUGAAACUAUCGCUACCCCCCGUCACUAAACCAGGCCCUUCGUCGCCAUCCGCCAGUGCUCCCAAGGUCGCCUUGAUGCCCCCCACCAAACAAGCACUUAAACCCCCUCCACUGCCGCCGCCGAAACCCACCCAGAAACCCCUGCCUGCUCCCCCUCUCCCCCCUCCGAAACCCCGCAGUCCAACAUCGCCCGCCGCCCCGGAGCAACCGCAACACACCAACGGCGUGCACGGCCCUCUAUCCCCGCUGAGGUCUCCGGAUGACGUCAAAGCUGCAGGGGAGAACGCAGAGGCGGGACUGGAGGGCGAGCUGGAGGUGGGCUCGAUGGUGGAAGUGAAUGACCCGCCCCUUUUUGGAGUCAUUUGCUGGAUUGGACAUAUCAACGGGAUCCCUGAGCCAGUGGCGGGAAUUGAGCUGGACCAGGAGCUGUCUGCAGGAACGGAUGGCAGUUACCUCGGUGAGCGUCACUUCCGGUGUCCGGCCAACAAGGGGCUGUUUGUCAAGCUUCGCAACUGCAGGAGGGACUCCAGGUUCCCUGCCCCGGAGACGCCUGUCAACCAAGUGGAACGGUGCAACUCUAUAGCCUUUGCAGAGUGGGGCAGUGAGCGCGUGGAGGAGCACACGCCUCCUGUGGACGGAGACGAGGCCAGGGAGCUCUACCAGGGCUGGAAGAGAGGCAUCCAGGGCCAUCUCAACUCCUGCUACCUGGACGCUACUCUGUUCAGUCUCUUCUCCUGCUGCAGUUCAGCAGACUGGGUGUUGUUUUGGCCGUCUGACCCCGAGACUGACCGAAACUCCAGUCAGGCUCAAGACCUGCUGCGCUGCGAGAUAGUCAACCCCCUUCGAAGGUAUGGCUACGUGUGUGCCAGUAAGACCAUGGCCCUGAGACGACUGCUGGAGGCUGCGAAUAGUGACACCGGCUUCACCAAUCAGGAGAAAGAUCCUGAAGAGUUCCUCAACAAGCUCUUCCAGCUCCUCAGAGUCGAGCCGCUCCUCAAGAUCAGAUCGAUGACUCAGCAGCCUCAGCAGUGCCACCUCUACCAGCUCUUCCCGCCCACCCUCCCCCCCUCUCCCUCCACGCCCUUACCCCACUCCCCGGUGGACUCCCCCAUCCCUCUGUCCUCGCCAGCGUCCAGCCCGAUGAGAGUCGCCAGCGUCCAGGCCCUGCUGGAGUCCUCCUUCCUCCACGCCGGCCUCAAGUUUGUCGAGGCUCCCUCCUGCCUCUUGCUUCUCAUGCCCAGGUUUGGGAAGGACUUCAAAAUGUUUGACGCCAUCUUACCCACCCUCAGCCUGGACAUCACAGACCUGCUGGAUGACACUCUGAGGCAGUGCAGUAUCUGUCAGGCUGUGGCUGAAUGGGAGUGUCUCCAGUGUUAUGAAGAUCUAGACAUCACGCCCGGUCGUCUCAAACAGUACUGCCCGACCUGCAACAAACAGGUCCACAGUCACAAGAACCGGAUGUCCCACAGCCCGGUGAAGGUAGGUGUCCCCGGGGGACCGUGGACCGGCCCCCUGCACUACACCCGCCAGCGCAUGUCUCUCUUCGCUGUGACGUGCAUCGAGACCAGCCAUUACGUGAGCUUCAUCAAGCACGGGCCCCUCCCCACCGACUGGCUGUUUUUUGACAGCAUGGCAGACCGGGAAGGUGGCGAGAACGGCUUCAACAUCCCCUGGGUGAAGGCGUGUCCUGAGGUGGGUCGCUACCUCAGCCUAUCGGAGGAGGAGCUGCGCAGAGUCGACGCCGCCUCGUUACGGGAGCCCGCCCGCCGCCUGCUCUGCGACUCCUACAUGUGUCUGUACCACAGCCCUGAGCUCAGCCUGUACAAGUGAUGCGGACGCUCAGCGCAGACACGCACAGAUCCUACAUGCUGCACAACUGAUUCAGCCAUGUUGUCCUCAGGUUCUCAGUCUCAUACAACUGUCAGAAGAAAACAGCGUACACACAGAAUCUUACCUUUUUUUCCUAGGAAUAACAAAAAACCAGUCUUGCUUUCAGGUUCACCAGCUUCCAUUUUCCAGUAGAAUAUGAGAUGUUCAUUAUGCCAGUGAGCACAGAAUGAAUCCAGCUUCUUGGGCCCUGCUUACACUUGGCAGUAAAAUACAUCUCGGAUGAUCCCAGCCCCGGUUUGUGGAACUCGUGCAUUACCAUUACAUUCAAGUCACGGAGCUAAGCAUCCGAUUUUCCGAAAAAUAAAUACCCAGUGUCUCCCGACUUUAAUUCCGGAUCCAAACGAAGACAGUGGUUGGAAAUAAGCUGAUACUUGCUGAGUAAGGUUUUUUUUUUUUUUCAACAAAUGGGAUCCUUAGCGCUGUGCCUCAAAUGCAACGGUAAUACAUGAGAGGCACAAAAAGGAGCUGCGGUGAUUCUAUAACCAGCGAAUCAGCUCUAAAUAAAGGUAUUACUGUUCCCAAACUGCAGUGAGCAAACACUGAGAUCAGUGCAGUUUCAUUGCAGAUUAGAGCCUGACCAGUACAUCAGCUGGGUUUGUAUUAUUGGCCGAUAUCAGUUUAUCAUAGAUAUAUUUAUAUCUGCAUAUACGUUGGCCCAUAAGUAACGGGAAAAUGCAGCACCACCACAUUUUUAAAGGAGAUUUAAAAAGUCUUGUCCAGAGAGCCCUAACAAGACUAUAAUUCCAUUUUAAAACACCCAGCUCUGUGCAUAUCUUGGUCACAAUUCUUUAAUGGACUAAUUUAAGGAAUCGUUGACAAAAAAUUUUGUGUUAUGUUGUGUUUAUGUUUAAAAAAAAUUAAUAUAGGCCGAUGUAUUGUUAAGGAAAUGUUAUGACUCUCAUUUAUCAGUAUCAAGUAUCCAGCAUCGUUCAGGCUCUAAUGCAAAUUCAUGCAAGAUCAUAUCGAAGAAACCACCUGGUCAAUGUGAAUUUACUCUCAAUAGGAAACUUGCCAGUUAAUUCAGACAGGGUUUCGAUCUGUCCCCAAAGCAAGGUCCCGAAAGGAAACAUUUUAAUAGCCCAGAUCAGAUGCUUAGUUCGACUGUGCAGCAAUCCAAUAUGAGAAACGUGUAAAAUCUGAACACACUCAGGAUGCAUUAGAGACUUUUUCUGCCCAGGUGUACUGCGGCUUGAACUGAACCCACUCUGGUUAAACUGUCUCCAUGAAACGAACCCUGAGCAGCGCCUAAGAAUAACAUAUAAUAUCUUCAGACAAAGUGCGACAGUCGUCAAAAUUUACACGAGGACAGCAGUAUGACCCGCAUGGUCUAAUGUGCCGCAUGAACAAAUUGCCUGCAGUUUGUUAGUUCAUGAGCUCUGUACGCUCAUGAACUGAAUUAGUCUGAUUGGUGGCAGUACUGACACUGAUACCUGAGUUUACCUGUGCCUUGAUAAUACUCACACACUGUAAAGAACCAAUGUGCCUGUAACCUAUAACACACGUACACUUUACGAUUCAAUUUGCACUCCUUCAUUUAAAUGUCAGUGUGUGUAUAUAAUAGCAUUGCCUUACACUGACUGUAAUGAUUGCACACAGAUGUUUAAACUUUUGUAUUGUUUAAUAUAAAACAGCUUUUAACAAUAAGGAUAAAGGU